GAGGACAAUGAUACAAAUCUCGUUUCAAUUAUUAGUCUCAUUUCAGAUUUCACGUGGAACUGCAAUGGUGAUGGCGGCUGAUUUUAAGAUUGCCAAGCCAGUUGAGUUUUAUCAGCAGUUUCUGGGUGAAUAUGUAAGGCCAGAUGGGAGAGGAUUGGAAGAAUUCAAGAAGACACUUCUUAAUAUUGAUUCUAUUUCAACUGCAGAAGGCUCUGCUUUGGUCAAACUUGGAAACACUACAGUUCUUUGUGGAAUUAAAGCAGAAAUUGCACAGCCAUCUCUUGAUGCCCCUAAUGGUGGUUUCAUUGUGUCCAGUGUAGAACUCCCUCCAUUGUGCUCAGCAAAAUUUCGACCAGGUCCACCCAGUGAACAAGCCCAAGUUUUGACCCAGUUCCUCAUUGAUACCGCUAAUAGCUCUUCUUUUUUAAAACCAGAAAGUCUAUGCAUUGCUCAAGGGAAGGCUGUAUGGUGUUUGUAUGCAGAUGUCAUCUGCUUGAAUUAUGAUGGUAAUAUUCAAGAUGCUGCACUCUUUGCUUUGCUUGCUGCAAUGCAUAAUUGCAGUUUACCUUCCGCUUCAUACAGUGAAGAAACAGGGGAAACUGUUGUAUCAACUGAUAAAAAAUCUUCCUUAGACAUUGCCAGUAAUCCCAUCGCUAGUACAUUUGCUGUGUUUCAAAAUUCACAGGUUGUUGCUGAUCCAACUGAAGAGGAAGAAGGCAUAGCUGAUACUGUUAUCACCAUAGUAACCUUAGAAGACAAUAGCUUAUGCUCAGUAUACAAACCAGGAGGAUUGGCAAUCAAAGAUGAUAUCUUUCGCCAGUGCAUUGACAGAGCCUUGUCUCGUGGCCAAGAAUUAAGGCAGACCAUAGAAAAACUGACAGCGAACAUUGAUCGCUAGUCAUUUUAUUUUGGUGGAAGAAACUUUUUCCAAAGAGGAAGCAGAAAUGGAAAUGAAUGCAUAUAUAGAAAGUGUUAGAGUCAAAGGAUUUUCAUACGUGAAAUUCAUAGGAAACAUAUCUAAGAAUAUAACGUAGAAGCAUGUUGUUUGGGGGUAGUGCUUCCUCACUGUAAAUUGUACUCAUCGUCUUCCUUAAAAAAAUCACGCGGCUGAUCUUUUA